UCUGUGCAGACAGCUCUACUAACGCGGAUAUGAUGCACACUACAUAGUGAAGAAGCACUGUUCCUACACAGCCCGUAAACGUAGUGUCUGUGCGACAGGGCUGUUUUUUUAAACUGGAGAGCGACAUGGACAGAAACGCGGUGGUGAAAGUGGGCGCGAUGGCGAGCGCCACUGUGUGCGCGCUGUUCGGAGGAGUCGUGUUCGCGCAGUACAUGCUCACCAAAAAACAGAGAGCCGGGAAGAAAACCAAGAUAAUCGAAAUGAUGCCAGAGUUUGAGAAGAGCACGGUUCACAUCAGAGACCCUGAGCGGGUGGAGCAGAUCAUCUGCAGCCUCAUUAAAGGUGGAGCGUCCAAACUGCAGAUCAUCACAGAUUUUGAUAUGACGUUAAGCAGGUUUGCUGUCAAUGGAAAACGCUGCCCAACAUGUCAUAAUAUCAUUGACAACUGUAAGUUGGUGACAGAAGACUGUAGGAAGAAGCUGCUCCAGCUAAAGGAGACGUAUUAUCCUAUAGAGAUAGACCCUCAUCUGACCAUGGAGGAGAAAUAUCCAUUUAUGGUGGAGUGGUAUUUUAAGUCUCACACGUUAUUGGUAGAACAGAGAUUGGAGAAGGACAAACUCCCAGAGGUGGUGAGAGAGUCGGACGUCUGUCUAAGGGAAGGGUACGAGCAGUUCUUUGACCGGCUGCACCAGCACAGCGUUCCUGUCUUCAUCUUUUCGGCGGGUCUGGGAGACGUGCUGGAGGAAAUCAUCAGACAGGCGGGCGUCUACCACACCAACGUCAAAGUCGUGUCCAACUUCAUGGACUUCGAUGAUAACGGGGUUCUGAAAGGCUUCAAAGGAGAGCUGAUCCAUGUUUACAACAAGCAUGACGGUGCCCUGAGGAACACUGAGUAUUUCAAACAACUGAAGGACAACGGGAACAUCAUUCUGCUAGGAGACUCGCUCGGCGAUCUCAACAUGGCGGACGGUGUUCCCAACGUGGAGAACAUCCUCAAGAUCGGCUUUCUCAAUGACAAGGUAGAGGAACUGUUGGAAAAGUACAUGGACUCUUACGAUAUUGUCCUGGUGAGGGAUGAAACACUUGAAGUGCCUAAUUCCAUACUACAGAAGAUCUUGUAGCUGAGGAAAAGACUCAGAUUCCAGGAUGUUCAGAGUCUCCUGGAUAAUUCCAGCGCUGAGGCCGGCCUUCAUCUGCCCUCACGAGCCGCACAUACUCCUCUUUGACCUUUUUAAAGUUCUGUCCCCCUGUCAUAAUGAACUAUUUUAAUAAACGCAUACAUCUCGGCGUAAACGUGUAUCUGAAAAAAAUACAUCACAUAAUUUGCAUAUCGGUAAAAUUAUUGUUUGUAGUAUUUUUGAUAUGGAAAUGUUUGCAAUAAAAGUUGGGACUGUGAACAGUUCGAAGCCCAGCUGAAGUAUCACGUGCACUUCGUUCUGACGUGCACUUUCAGAGUCUGUUACAGUUCUCAUGGAACGUGUGCUUCACAUCAGUGUGCAGGCUGCAUGCACAGAUCAACAUUAAAGCCAUGAUGUUUAA